AUGGUUCUUGGACAAGAACACAAGGGAGUGCACCAAGCGCUUGCCUGCAAUGCACUGAUCUCGGAUGUCAAAUCUGGCGCCUCGACGGGGGUUGCCAGGACGUUGAUAGACAGUGGCGCAACCCAGAGCUUCGUGAGCCAGAGAUGGGCAAAAGAGAACCUGGAAGAUAUGCAUGCGGUGAGCACCCGCCUCGUGGAGGCUGUGGAUGGGCGCAAGAUCCCUUCAUAUGGAAGCCGAGAUGUACAGCUUAGGCUUGCAGAUCGCAAUGGUACCCGCAAGGUCAUGACUAUGAUAUGCGAAGCCGUGGACAUGACUGUCUACGAUGCAAUCCUGGGGAUGGAUUGGCUCAGGUCGGUGAAUCGGACAUAUGACUGGGCAGCUGGCAACUGGGGCUGCCCAGCGAGUCUCGUCGGAAAAUUUCAGCACACGGACAAUAUUAUUGAGUCCAUUUGCAAUCUGGUCUAA